UUAUAUUAACAACUACCUAAAAGGUUAAAAUGUCUUUAAGUAGUACACUAACCAAAACCCAAAACAACCAAAAAUAAUCAAACCCAACCAAAAACAAUGUCUUCUUCAUCAGAUGAAUCUCUCUACUACAUGUCCCUCAUCUUCCUCAACUUCACAACUCUCCCAACUUUCAUCACAUGCCACCUCAUCACCGCUCCCUACGGCCGCCACGUACGCUCCGGGUGGGGCCCAUCUUUCCCCUCUUACCUUUCAUGGUUUCUCAUGGAAUCUCCCACAAUCUUUUUCUCUCUCCUCCUUUUCCCCUAUGGCCGCCACGUGUCUUCUCUCCCAUCACUCUCUCUCCUCUUCAUUUUCCUCAUUCACUACACCCACCGUGUCUUCAUUUACCCUCUCCGCCUUUUCCGUCGCCGGAAAACCACUAGCGGUAUUCCGAUCACCAUCGUUUUUAUUGGUUUCUUUUUUAACCUCGUGAAUACUUAUAAUCAGAUUAGGUGGGUAUCACAUUAUGGUGAGUAUGUUUCUGAUAAGUGGUUUUGGGGGCGGUUUUCCGGUGGAUUGGUGGUUUUUGUUUAUGGUAUGGUGGUAAAUGUGAAAUCUGAUUUGGUAUUGAUGGGCUUAAAGGCCCAAAAUGGUGGGUAUAAGAUUCCUAAAGGAGGGUUGUUUGAGGUUGUGAGUUGUCCAAAUUAUUUGGGUGAGAUUUUGGAGUGGUUGGGUUGGGCUUUAAUGACAUGGUCUUGGGCUGGGUUUGGGUUUUUGUUGUAUACUUGUUCUAAUUUGGUGCCUAGAGCACGUGCUCAUCAUAAGUGGUAUUUGGAGAAGUUUGUGGAGGAUUAUCCUAAACAUAGGAAAGCUAUCAUUCCUUUUUUGUACUAGUGGAAUUGAUUAAUUAAUAAGAUGAUAUUACUAAUGGCU